CUGCGGAGCUGUCAUCAGCUCGGGGAGGGGACGGUCCAGACACAACAGAGGGUGUCCCAGCAGCAAAGGCUGGAGUGAGGGAGCUCCUUUGCCAGCCUCUUGGACCUCAGACCUCAGCUCCAGGGCGCCAGCCUCCGGACCUCAGCACUGAAGGAACAAGGGACAGAAGGACAUGGCCUGGGAACGGACAGCACCUCUGCUGCUGCUGGCCUGGCUUUUAGCCGCCACGUGCAGCGCCCGAGACCGGGCAGACCUGCUCAACGUCUGCAUGGACGCCAAACACCACAAGGCAAAGCCCGGCCCCGAAGACAAGCUCCACGACCAGUGCAGUCCCUGGAAGAAGAACGCCUGCUGCUCCGUCAGCACCAGCCAGGAGCUGCACAAGGACACCUCCCUCCUGUAUAACUUUAACUGGGACCACUGCGGCAAGAUGGAGCCCGCCUGCAAGCGCCACUUCAUCCAGGACACCUGUCUCUACGAGUGCUCCCCCAACCUGGGGCCCUGGAUCCAGCAGGUGAACCAGAGCUGGCGCAAAGAACGUUUCCUGAACGUGCCCCUGUGCCCAGAGGACUGUCAGAGCUGGUGGGAAGACUGCCGCACCUCCUACACCUGCAAGACCAACUGGCACAAGGGCUGGAACUGGACCUCAGGAUCUAACAAGUGUCCAGCGGAAGCUGUCUGCCGCACUUUUGAGUCCUACUUCCCCACGCCUGUCGCCCUGUGUGAGGGCAUCUGGAGUCACUCCUACAAAGUCAGCAACUAUGGCCAAGGGAGCGGCCGCUGCAUCCAGAUGUGGUUUGACCCGGCCCAGGGCAACCCCAAUGAGGAGGUGGCUAUGUUUUAUGCCUCGGCCAUGGAUUCUAGGGCCACGGCCCAUGGGAUUGGGCCUCUCCUGCUCAGCCUAGCCCUGAUGCUGCAACUCUGGCUCGUUAGCUAAGUUGCUCCUUCUGCUGAUACAUGGACAUUUUCCCUGCUUGCAUCCAGCCCGGGUGACCUCAGCUCAGCACAGUUCAGCCAGCUCUCUCAAUCAGGGGGCCUCAUAAUGCCCGUGUCAUUGGUUCCUUAUCCAUGAUGGGUCCUAUGGGGUUCCUGUGACAGCCUAUUCAAAUGGAGAGAUCCACAUGUGUCUUGUAUCUUGUAAAUAAUUUGGGGAUGUAUGGGUUCUGGGGUGGAACAUACCUCACUGGUUCACCAUUCCUGCUGAGAGGAUCCAAGACGGACUGGGACUAGCUUGAAAUUCACCAGCAAGUAGGGAGUGUAACUUGAUCCCUUAGUCGGGCCUCUUACUUCUUCACCAGGCUUCUCUCAUAUCAAGUUCAUCUUUUUUUGCAUCACAACAGAACAAGGGGAUUGGUGUAGGGAAGGUGGGCAGAAAUUGACAGAUAAGUUAUUGGGCUUCUGGUGGGAAAAAUGUCUUUUUCCACAUCCUUCUACUAGAUGUGGCCAGGGAAGGAAAUAUUGGUGGAAGGGUCUCGAUGAUGAACACUUGCAUUAUUUCCUUUUUAAAACAUGACCAAUAAUGCUACAUGAAUAAGCUUGUACAUAGUUGAAUGUUAUACUUGAAUUUCAGAAGAGAGAUUGCUGGGUCAAGGAGUAUAUGGAUUCCUAAUUUUCAUAGUUACUACUUUCCAGGGGUUGUGCCAUUGUGGCCCCUGCCAGCAAUAUAUGAGUGCCUGUUUCCUCCAGCCUAGUCAACACGGUAUGGUGUCAAACUCCUGAUUUUCUGCUAAGCUGAUAGCUGUAGUUUUUCAUUUGCCAUGUGCCUUCGCAUGAGAACACAGUUUCUAAGAUAUUUCUAUACCAAUUUAUUGAGGUAUAGUUCAUAUUUUUUAAUUGCUGUACAAUAAUCUAUUCUAUGUAUAUGUCACCUUUAUUUCAUCACCUACUGAUGAAUAUUUGAGGGAAAGAGGUUCUUUUAUGAUAUUGACAUUUUUGAAAAGCACAGGCCAGUUAUUUUGUAGAAUAUCCCUCAUUUUGAGUUUAUCUAUUUCCUCAUCACUAGAUUGAGGCUGUGCAUUUUUGACACAAAUAUCCCAGAAGUCAGAGUCUGUCCCUCUUGUUGAAUCACAAUGGGAGGCAUAUGGUGUCAGGUGUGUCUGCUCUGAGGAUGUUAACUGAUCUUUUGGUUGAUAUUGGGUCUUCCAGGUUUAUUUACUACUUUUUCCCCCUUUAUAAAUAAUAUGUAUAUUGUUGGGAGGUACUUUGAGAACUACAGAUAUCCUAUUUGUCAGCAAACUUUAACCCAUCGGUUCUACUAUCUGAUGGACUUUUUUUUUAAAAAGUAAAAACAUACACCAAAAUUGUCUUCUUAGAUGAUAGCUCUUCCCCAACCCUUUGCUGCUUUUCCAUGGUAUCUGUUGGAAAAGCCAAACUUCUUCUAAACUGGAGAAGGCCCUGCCCAUUCCCCCUACUUGGAUUACAUGUCAAAUUAUUUCCCCUCCAUACCUCCAUGAAUGAGCUCCAUUCACAUUUUUCACCUUGGGGCCCUUACUCCAGCAAUUCCCUCCCUGUGCUCCUGGAAUGUUCUUUUAUCAUUGGCAUGUUUUUUUCCUGCUAGCCACUUAGAUUUCAACUUAAAAUUUCCCUCUAAAAUGACUUCUGACCACCUAAACAAAAGCGGUCUUCCAGGCACUUUUUUCCUUUCUUUUUUUCCUCCUGAUGGAAAGAAGCGGGGGAGGGGAAAGGCGUGGGGGCGCUCCACGGAGUGAGAGCGCCUCCAGGCACUUCCUGGUCACCGCGAUUUAGUCUCCGCGCAGAGAUACAGACCUACUGUGUGUACUGUCUGGCUUUUCCCUAACAAAACAUAUAUCUGAAAGCAGGGGCCAUGUCUUUGUCAUUUGUGCCAUGUCGCCCGGGGCCUGGGUCAGUACCUGGCACAAAGGAGGUGCUCAGGAAGUUAGGGAAUCAGUGCCUCACCCUGUCAGUCCACAGAGGCUUUCUUAGCACCCAGUCUGCUGGUCUCCACUAACAGGGAGGAAAUUGAGUACCUUGAACAUCUGGUGGGGGCAGAUGGACCUGAGAACAAGUAACUCUUAGAAAAUAAGCGGCUGAGGUUUUGCUACAAGGAAGCCCAGAGUGUGGUGUAGUUCUGCAAAAGCACAGAGAGGUCAGGGAAGGCUUCCAGAGGAGGCAUGCUUGCCAAGCAGAAAAUGGCAGGAGAAACAGCCUUUCAUGGAGAGGGUUCAGCAAAGGCUUGGAGGUAAUGGAAGGGCAAGCAGAAUUUCUAGGUAGCUAAGAUAGAAGUUAAGAGGGUAAGGGAAAGAAGUGAGCCCGGAGAAGAAACACUGGAUCAGCAAUUCUUAGGCUGAUGCCCUGAGAGCUCCUCCCAGAGCUGCCCUUCCUUUGUGAAAGAAGCUGGGCUUGGAAUCACGCUCAGAUCUGAACCUUAGCCCCUCCUCGCU